ACACAGACCCGGCGCGCGCACUGCUCGUAAACAUAAAAAGAGGAAAUCUCACUUCCGGGCUGACAAAUCAUACUGGUCCUGACCCGAGCCGAACCAGGCCACUUCAGAACCCUCCCCCGGGUGACCAGAGGCGCGCUGAGGUGUUUCCGAUGGACUGAGGACCUCCCUGGUGCCCUCAUGACCGCUCCAGCUCAGCAGCGCGGUUAAAGCUCCAGUGCGGGACAUGGAGAGCGUGUGCAGCAGCAGCGUGGCUUCCCGCGGCGACCUGCCCGUGUGCAUCAACAGCGGAGCGCCCGUGUCCGUGUGCAGCGACCUGUUCAAACCCAAGAAGGGCAUCUCGGACGUCAGGAGGACCUUCUGCCUCUUCGUCACCUUCGACCUGCUCUUCAUCUCUCUGCUCUGGAUCAUCGAGCUCAAUGGCAGCGGGGGCCUCCUGCAGCAGCUCACGGAGGAGGUGCUGAACUACGACUUCCACCACUCCUUCUUCGACAUAUUUCUCCUGGCCGUGUUCAGGUUCGGCGCUCUGAUCCUGGCCUACGCCGCGUGCCGCCUGCGCCACUGGGCCGCCAUCGCAAUCACCACUACAGUCAGCUGUGUCUUCCUCAUCGUCAAAGUCCUUCUGUCUAAGCUGCUGACUCUGGGGGCGUUCGGGUAUCUCCUCCCCAUCUCCUCCUUCGUCCUGGCCUGGAUCGAGACCUGGCUGCUGGACUUCAAAGUGCUGCCGCAGGAGGCCCUGGACCAGGCCUGGUUUGCAGGAGUGGUGAGUGGAGCGGAGCGGGCCCCUCUGCUCGGCCCCGGGCCCCUGUCAGACGGACAGUUCUACUCUCCUCCAGAGUCUGUGGCAGAUUCUGACGAGGAGCUGGAGGACAAACAUGAAGCAGAGAAAGGCCUCCUCUGUCCUGGGACCUAACACCUGGACACAUGGGUACACACGAGGUUGUCUCGUCCCGGAGGUUGUGGCUGAACAUCUCGGUGGUGUUGGUCAAACUUCUCCACGGUGGACGUUCUGCCUUGGGACUCACUUUUUUUUUUUUUUUUUAGUUCUUAAAUGAAACCGAAGCACUUACAACAUGAAGGAACUAUCCCUGGUUUGAAUGAAAUAUUUUAACAGUGGACCUGGGUUUCUAUGGCAACAACAGGAUGACGCUGUUUACAUCAAGUGUUAAUUUUAUCUUUUAACUCAUAAGUCGGGGUUGGGCUGUCGUUUUAUUAUGGUUUUUCUUGGAGUUGUCCCUAUUUUUAUCAGUGAAACUAUUGCAAAAUCUAUUGCGUCCCGUUAAAUAAUGUGACUCUGGAAUGUUUGGCUCGUUUUCUAUUUUCUUUACUUCUUUUGUAUGAUUUUGCACUCGGUUUUGUUGAUUUUAUUUCUUGUUUUUAAAGUCACUUUUGCCUCAACUCCACGUGAACUUUUUCUCGUCAUAAAUCUAAAGCAAAGAACA